UAUGAAUCCAUAAUAGAAUUAGCAAUUGCCUGUUUCUUUUCCAUAAAAAGCUUAAACGAAUCAAAAUAACGUAGCACCUCAAUAAUUUGGAAUGAUUACACCAUCUGGAUAAGGUCCAUAACCUCAAGUUUAAUCAUUCGGUAUGAUUCAAUAAACUGGCCAAGGUUAAUAACCUUAAUUUGUAAAUUUCUAACCAUCAGGAGGCCAACAAUAAGGCCAACCACCAAAAUUCAACUUAUAACCCACUGAUUAGUUCAAAAAUUAAUAGAAUUUGUAGAAUCCACAAAAAGGACAGGGAUAGCUUUUUCCUCAAACUAAUAAUAAUCCAUCAGCUAAUCCUGGCUUUAAACCAAUACCUGUCUAACCAAACACAAAUGCUGUAAAUCAACAACUACAAACAUAAACUAAUUAACAAAAGCCCGAAAUUAAAGCAACUUUUCCUCUAAAUCCACCUUUUCCUCUAAAUCCAAAUGCUGGUUAAAAUCCAACUUUUGCUUAAAAUCCAAUUGUUGGUUAAAAUCCACCUUUUUCUCUAAAUCCAAAUGCUGGUUAAAAUCCAAUUGUUGGUUAAAAUCAAGCCUUCGCUUAAAAUCAAGCCUUUGCUUAAAAUCAAGCCUUUGCUUAAAAUCAAGCCUUUGCUUAAAAUCAAGCCUUUGCUUAAAAUCAAGCCUUUGCUUAAAAUCCAAAUAUUCCUUAGAUGAUCCAAUAAAAAUUGCAACAAUAACAACCAAGCUAUCCUAAUCCUCAGGUAGUAAAUACUAAUACUAUUAUUAGGUAAAGUAUGAUCCUAUGGAUGUAAAAACUGAAGAUGAUAAAAAGAAAUUAGUAGAGAACUUUGUAUCAUACAUAAGAGAAGGAAAUUUUAUGUUUACAAUUGAAUGUUUGAAGCAAAUCAUAAAUAAUGAUAUCAGAGUAAAAAUCAAAAGUUAAUAAAAUUGAU